AAUUUGUUCGGAAAAUUGACAGGAAGUAACGUAAUGGAGACGAGUCGUAGAGAGUGUCACCACUGUUUCCCGGCACCGUGCCAGGCGUGGUUAGUUGUAAUCUAAGGGGGAGAGAAAGAGCGUGUAAAAACUUGGUAAUAGUCGUAGUGAUACGCACCGGCGACAGCCGAGUUCAAAGACAUAUCACCGAGAACUUGGUGAUGUACCGGAACUCGGAUCGGGGUCUGUAAUCAAUGAAAUGGUCUGUUUACUCGUUUUCUAAGUCUCGCUCUUAAUCAGUUGAUUCUCACAUCUUCAUUAUGUUCACGCUCAUGCAUAAAGGUCACGUGCAGUCCUGUGACCUCAGGAACCCCUCCCAUCUACUCCCUUUUCAUCAUCGAGUCUUCGCAUUGUCCAUGUUUCACCCAUUAUUAAAUUCAAAGGAGGCCGAUUGUCCACCUGUACAAAUGGAGCCCGUGGACCUGUCUGUGAACAAGAGCAAGUCUUCUGGAUCGUUGACUCAUCUCACUCGUCUAGAAUCGUCCAACAAUUCACCCGUACAAAGUCCAAACUGCAUAGAUCUUCGACUCAACAAAGGAGCCGGUGAUAUGGAUGAACAAGAUCAGAGCUCAGUUGCCAUAGAAGGGAUGAAUAGAACAAAUCAAUACCUUCCACUUCAAAGGAUAAAAGCAGCAUCAUUGGCCAUGUCUCAUCUGCAUAAAAGGGCGACAGGAGGAUCACCGCCUUUGGUUAAAGGUGCCCUUGGGCGCCUACCCCCUUCCAUGACUCCAUCUCUAUCCGCAUCGCCUUUGCUGAGUCCCACUCCGCUCGUCACUAGUGCCCAGAUGAUAAACAGAGCCCUGUCUGGAUCACCGGGGGGCCCUCUAUGUCAUCCAGAUAUUAUGUCGGACAGUUUGAGGAGAAGAAAGGUGCACAGAUGCGACUUUCAAGGUUGCGACAAAGUAUACACGAAAAGCUCUCAUUUGAAAGCACACAAGAGGACACACACAGGAGAGAAACCAUAUUCCUGCACUUGGGACGGAUGUACGUGGAAAUUCGCUAGAUCUGACGAAUUAACGAGACACUACCGCAAACACACCGGACAGAAACCAUUUAAAUGUCAGUUAUGUCAACGAUCAUUUUCACGUUCGGACCACCUAUCACUUCACAUGAAACGACACUAGAUUUAAAGAAAUAAAAAAGAAGAAAACGAAACAAGCCGUUUCACACGGGAUGACUACG